AUGCUCAGUGAGUCCGCGCAGGAAGCCAUGUUGGAUCUUCACACUGGAUUCAGGCAGAGAUUUUUUGACACCGUAUGUUUUUCCUAAAAUAUCCGUUCACCGUCUUCGUCGGGGGUGCAUCCACCGCGCGCGAUCGGUGCCGUAGUUGGCAGAGGACAUGAUGAACUCCAGCAUGGACCUGUCCCGGCGGAACCCGCAGGAGGAUUUCGAGCUGAUCCAGAGGAUAGGAAGUGGGACCUACGGAGAUGUGUACAAGGCUCGAAAUGUCAACACAGGAGAGCUUGCUGCUAUCAAAGUCAUCAAACUAGAACCAGGAGAAGACUUUGCUGUUGUUCAGCAGGAGAUCAUCAUGAUGAAAGACUGUAAACACUCCAACAUCGUGGCAUACUUUGGCAGUUAUCUCCGGAGAGAUAAGUUAUGGAUCAGUAUGGAGUACUGCGGCGGAGGUUCUCUGCAGGACAUCUAUCACGUAACCGGGCCGCUGUCAGAGUCACAAAUAGCCUACAUGUCACGAGAGACCCUACAGGGUCUGUAUUACCUGCACAAUAAGGGAAAAAUGCACAGAGACAUUAAGGGAGCCAACAUCCUGCUGACAGACAACGGUUACGUCAAACUGGCUGACUUCGGCGUGUCCGCUCAAAUCACAGCAACUCUGGCGAAAAGAAAGUCCUUCAUCGGAACGCCGUACUGGAUGGCUCCAGAAGUGGCAGCGGUGGAGAGGAAAGGAGGCUACAACCAGCUAUGUGACAUCUGGGCGGUGGGCAUCACUGCCAUCGAGCUGGCCGAGCUGCAGCCGCCCAUGUUUGAGCUGCAUCCAAUGAGGGCGCUCUUCUUAAUGAGCAAAAGCAGCUUCCAGCCUCCGAAGUUGAAAGACAAAUUGAAGUGGACGAAUAACUUUCAUCAUUUUGUCAAGUUAGCUCUGACCAAGAACCCGAAGAAGAGGCCCACAGCAGAGAAGCUCCUGCAGCACCCGUUUGUGACGCAGCCUCUCAGCCGGACGCUCGCCAUUGAGCUGCUGGACAAAGCCAACAACCCCGACCACACCACGUUCAACGACUUCGAUGACGACGAACCGGAGCCCGAGUUUAAAUACAAAGGUCAUUUUCUUCCCAUAAGCCCCGGCGCUCGGCGUGCACCGCGUUUCGCCGCGCGCAGGAAGUCUCCAGUCUCGGUUCCCCACCGGAUUCGCUCCACCAGCAGGAGCGUGAGGGAAGGGAAGACGCUGUCCGAGAUCAACUUCGACCAGGUGAAGUUUAACCCGCUGUUGGAGAAAGAGACGCAGCCGCACCACAAACCGUGUGAUUCUGAGCCCUAUCUGGACUGUGUUGAGGAGCUCUACUAUACAGCGAGAUCUAAUCUGGAUUUGCAGUUGGAGUACGGCAGUGAUUCACCGAAUCUGCUAGGAGGAAAUAAGAGUCUUCUCAAAUCUGUUGAGGAAGAGCUCCAGCAGAGGGGCCAUGUGGCACACUUAGGGGAUGAUGAGGAUGAUGAUGGUGCAGAUGAUGAUGAUGAAACUCACACUCAUAAAUCCAGCACUAUCAUCAGGCCCAAGGUCCCGCCCCCACUUCCUCCUAAGCCCAAGCCUGUCUCCUCGUCCCCGCACCCUCAACACAAACUAGAAGAUAGCCACUCCCACAGCGAGGACGACAGUGGAGGAGGCACCAUCAAGCGCUGCCCCGCCCCAGAGUCACCGAGCCCCGCCAAGGCGGCCUCCAACGUCCCCCCCAGGCCUCCACCCCCAAAGCUGCCACCCCAUCGCCGCAGUAGCCUAGGUAACAACAGCCCAAAGCACAAAGACGUGGAGAAGCCUACCCCAGACGAUGAUGGGAGCUUUAGACAUUUCUGGGAGUGGCUCCAUGCGCCUCACACAGAGGAGGAGCUGGAGGAGGCGUGGGAGGUGCUGAAGGAGGUGAAAGAGGAGCAGGAGGAGGAAGAGAGUAACGGCCUGAACGCCCCUCACAACGGCGACAGGGAGGGGGCAGUGGAGAAGCAGUCCACAAUGCCCCCUAGUGUCCCUGUGCGGAAAGACAAGAAGGAUGUUGCGAAGCCCGUCAGUAACGGUCUCCCCCCAACACCAAAAGUUCAUAUGGGUGCAUGUUUCUCCAAGGUGUUUAACGGCUGUCCUCUGAAGAUCCACUGCGCCACCUCCUGGAUCAACCCUGACACCAGAGAUCAGUAUCUGAUCUUUGGAGCUGAAGAAGGAAUCUACACGCUGAACCUAAAUGAGUUACACGAGACGACCAUGGAGCAGCUGUUCCCCCGCCGGUGCACGUGGCUGUACGUCAUGAACAACUGUCUGCUUUCCAUAUCCGGAAAAGCCUCCCAGCUGUACUCCCAUAACCUGAGCGGCCUCUUCGAACAGGCUCGGCAGUUACAGAAGUUACCCGUCGCCAUUCCCACACACAAACUGCCCGAUAAGAUCAUUCCAAGGAAGUUUGCUGUGUCUAAUAAAAUUCCAGACACUAAAGGAUGCCAGAAGUGCUGCGUCGUGCGUAACCCGUACACGGGCCAUAAAUACCUGUGCGGAGCCUUCCAGUCCAGCGUCAUGCUGUUGGAGUGGGUGGAGUCUAUGCAGAGGUUCAUGCUCAUUAAGACCAUGGACUUCCCGCUGCCGUGUCCCCUGGAGAUUUUUGAGAUGCUGGUGGUCCCGGAGCAGACCUACCCCCUGAUCUGCGUGGCGGUCAGCAAAGGAAACGAGCUGAAUCAGGUGGUCCGGUUUGGCACCGUAAACCCAAACGCUACCUCCUCCUGGUUCCCAGAAUCAGAUACGCUGCAGACCUGUGUGAUCCACGUCACGCAGCUGGAGAGAGACACCAUCCUGGUCUGCCUGGACAGAUGUAUAAAGAUAGUGAACCUUCAGGGCCGGUUGAAAUCCAGCCGGAAGUUAUCAGCUGAGCUCACCUUUAACUUCCAGAUUGAAUCCAUAGUUUGCCUGCAAGACAGUGUCCUGGCCUUCUGGAGACACGGCAUGCAGGGGCGGAGCUUCAAGACCAAUGAGAUCACUCAGGAGAUCUCUGACAGUACCCGCAUCUUCAGACUACUGGGAUCAGACAGACGAGCUGACGGUAGAGAUCCAGACACUGAGGAGAAAGGCGUCACUCACCGCAGGGUGGUGGUGCUGGAGAGUCGACCCACAGACAACCCCACAGCCCACAGCAACCUCUACAUCCUGGCCGGCCACGAAAACAGCUACUGAGACUCCCCGCGCUCCCUGAACGCCUCGCAAGGGGAGCAGCCGGUACCCCUCCCACACACACUCAGACCGCCUCCACCCGCUCUGACCGGGAGGUGAACCGUCCGCAUGUUUCCAUCUCCAGCUCGGCUCACGUGAAAGUGGAGACGGUUCUCAUCCGGCAAAGGCCGCCUUUGUCGACAGACUGCAUUAUGGGGAAAAAACCGGAGAUCUCGUCAACACUAAAUCUGCUCUGAGCUGAAACUGUGCUAAAGCCUCACAGCAGACACCCCCCCCCCUUCCUCUUUCCAUUGUUUAUUAUUUUUUUAGCGGUCCCUUUAUUUAUUGUGGCAUGACGUAAACCAACAACCAGAACGGCGUUCCUCCUUUAGUUCCUGGUUAUUAUUUUUUAGAAGAAACAGAAAAAGCGCUUCACCCCCCCCCUUCACUACUCCAGUACCCAUCACCACACAAGUGCUUAACCAACCUCUAUUUAAUUGUUGUAAAUAAAUGUAAUAUUAAUAAUGUAGUAUUUUUGGAUGAACACUAAGAGUCUGUGUCGACGGCGUGGAGACCAGCGGGUUUGGCCAUGUGGAACCCCGCUGCUCGCUUUCAUCACUUCCUGCUCGUUUGCACCAUAGCGACCGUUGUCGGGGCAGCAGAGCUCUGUCCCUUUAAAACUCUUUUCUUUUCCUUCUUUUUUUAAAUACUGUUUUAAUCAUCAGUCAUUUUUCUUCCUAAAGGCUUCAUUUUUUUUUAUUUCGCAUUAAACCACUGGUGUUGAAAUUUUGCACAGAAUGUAUUUCAUGAACAAAUGUGAUGUCAUUAAAACAUAUGACCUUGUGUGAGCGCGUGGACACGGAGCGCCGUGUGCGUUUCUGGAUGAAGAGGCUUUGGCGAGGCGCCAGCAGGGAAAAGAAAAGGCUGCGUUUACACAGAAAGGCUUCUUGAGGCUCGCCCGCGCUUUACGUUAAAAAAUAAAAAAGAGUGUUUCUGUUUGGAGCUAAAAAGAAAAAAAAAAAAAUCUGUAUCAUUAGAGUCCAAUCAAAAGUCAGUGUCACCUUAAACCUGUUUCCUAAAUUUGACAAAACUUUGUCAACACUGGAGCAGUUUUACUCUGAAAGGAACAUUGAGAUUUUCCUACAUGUGUUAAUUUUAGGUUUCGAUUAUAACAUAACAUAAACAUACUGAUUCAAAUGGUCAUACACAUAAAAUACAAAUAUAUUUUUUUAUAAAUACGUGUGUAAAUUCAAACGUAUUUUUCAAAUCUGAGCUGUGACAUUUGUUUUUUUACAUUAAACAUAUUAUUGUUGAGUUUUUAUUCAUUUCAUCACAAAAGUUAAUCCACACUACAAUACAUUGUUUUUUAGAAAACAGCCUCUUUUAGGCAUUUAUAAAUCUGUUACCUUUUUUUACGUUUUGUGUCAUUUCUUUCAUUGUUUUAAAUAAGAAAUAAAUAUUUUCCUUUUUUAAAUAAUAGAAAACACAGCUAGGAUGUAAGAAAUUACAUUUACACCGUAAAGAAAAUCCUAAAUUUACCUUUAUUUUAUUGAUGGUCUCACUCACUUUCUGCCCAAACUGAUGCAUUUCAGAUUCAAAUGUCAACAUUUUAUUGUGUUUAAGCCUUUUGUCCACAUUGAAAGAGCUACAAGUUUAGGGUUGACUUUAUUAAAUGUUCUAAAAUAAAUCUGAUGCAUAAAAAAUCAUCACAGAUGAACCAUCACUCCCCCUUUAAAGCAUUGUUAAUGACUUGUUCCUUAUUUUGAAAAAAUCUGUGCUGUAGAAAAUAGUUUUUUUGUGAAUCUUUUUCUAAGUUGUUCUGAAGCCACACCCACAAGUGUUUUGAUUUGUUAAAAGCAAAAAUUUCAGGUUUUUAGUAUAUGUCAACUCUAAAAUUAUUAUUUUUUUAAACGACUCCUUAAAAAAUAAUCAUUUAGAAAACGGGAAACUCUGUUAUGGAUGGAAGAAUCACACAUGAAGGCUAUAUACUAUACUGAGUUUUAGUGGUCCUCCUGUGUGUGCUUUUACUCUGAAAGUGCCUGAGGGGUUUUCUUGUGUGGUGUGAACAAAGAUCUUUCCAAAAACAUCAUUGUGGACGUCAGCAGAAAACGGCAGCAGCCUCCUGAGUUUCUGUGUAAACCGCAGCAUUUUAACCACCUUUUCUUUUUAACUGUGGCGUGUUUGGACUUCAGCCUUCACUGCAGUGGCUUUUGUUAAAAAAAAAAUAAAUAAAUUCAAGUGAACGCUUGUACAUUUUCCGUCUGCAGCAGGAAGCCAGCGCGGUCUUUGGCUGUGAUGAGCUAACUUCAUGACUGUCCACAUGGAAGCUAAAGCUGUCGGUCCAUUUUGAGGGUUUUUUUGGCUUUGAAAGAAGGGAAAACUGUGGGAGAAUCCCGACAGCGUUCCUCACAGACGGGAGGACGGCUGACUUGUUUUUGUUUGGACUGUUGUCUCUCCUGCAACAUGUGACCCAGUCUUUCAUUGACCUGAUCACUUCCUGUCCACCGCCCAACAAAUGAUCUGUUUGUUCCAAAUUUUGGAAGGUUUUAGACUUUGAAGACAAACAAAAAAAACUUCAGAAGUUGAAGAUGUUUCACUGAUCACACAUCAAAGUAAAAUGUGUUCAAUAAAAUAUGAAAAAUGUCUUCAGUUCACCGUUCAAAGUAGCAAAAAAAACCAUCAGAAAUGUUUAAUGAAAUGAGUAAUACUUUCCAACUGCUGAGAUACAUCUAAAAGAAUAUGCAUCAUUUCUUAAAUCAAUCUGAUUGAUCCCUUAAUUCAGAAUCACUUUUUUGGCAAAGAUCAAGACCAAAAUGCCUCCAUAAUAUCAACAACAAAAAAUUGUCAAUAAUGUAGUUUCAAACCUUGUUUUCACUGUGUUUCGUCCUCAGAGCCUCAGUUGUCUUCAUUCUUUUGCCUUUUGUGUUUUAUUUUUCCCGAUGCAAUAUGUGUUAUGGCAUGUAAAUAUUGUAAAAUAAAAUGGGUUUGUUUUACAUACUGUAUAAUUGCCUAUAUUUUGUUGCAGAAGUGUAACAGAUUUAUGAAAUGCCAGGUUAACACAUUAAAAGGAAGGAGCUAAA